CAACAACGAAAUGGCAGCCUCCUGUUUAGUAAAUUAACACACGGUCCAAGCUGAUACACGAGCACCUCGCUUACAAGACGAAAACCCCCGGACACUGCCACCAUGUCUCCGAAGAUCACAGGAGAGCUGCUCAGGCAGCUUCGCCAGGCGAUGAAGAAUUGUAAGUUCUUCUCUGAGCCCAUACAGGCGUACAUCGUCCCUUCUGGAGAUGCACACCAGAGUGAAUACAUUGCACCGUGUGACUGCAGGCGUGAGUUUAUCUGUGGAUUUAAUGGCUCUGCAGGCACGGCCAUCGUCACAGAGCAGCACGCUGCCAUGUGGACCGACGGGCGGUAUUUCCUCCAGGCCACUCAGCAGAUGGACAACAACUGGACCCUGAUGAAGAUGGGGCUGAAGGAAACCCCCUCCCAAGAGGACUGGCUGAUCAGCAUCCUGCCAGAGAAUUCCAAAGUGGGAGUGGAUCCUUGGAUCAUCGCUGCUGACCAAUGGAAGAACAUGUCCAAGGCGCUGACCAGCGCCGGCCACUCGCUGGUGGCCGUGCAGGAUAACCUGAUCGAUGCCGUCUGGAUGGACCGCCCAGAGAGGCCCAGCACACAGCUGCGCACCAUGGGCUUAGAGUACACCGGUAUUUCCUGGCAAGACAAGGUCACAGCCCUGCGAGCCAAGAUGUCAAAGAGGAAACUCAACUGGUUCGUUGCCACGGCGUUGGAUGAGAUUGCAUGGCUUUUUAACCUCCGUGGUGCCGACAUAGAGUACAACCCUGUGUUCUUUGCGUAUGCCAUCGUGGGGAUGAACACAAUAAGGCUUUUUGUGGACCUCAAGCGUCUCUCCGACCCCGCGUUGAGAGAACACCUGCAGCUGGACGCCCCCAGCGAGCCUGAGCUGAGCAUCAGUACGUUCCCGUACGAGUCGGUCUACACGGAGCUGCAGGCCAUCUGCGCGGCACUCGGCCCCAAGGACCGGGUGUGGAUCUGUGACAAGGCCAGUUGUGCUCUCACACAGGUCAUCCCCAAGGCCAACCGGUCUCCGAUUCCCUACACCCCCCUCUGCCUCGCCAAGGCGGUGAAGAACGCAGCUGAGAUCCAAGGCAUGAAAACGGCCCAUAUUAAGGAUGCAGUUGCCCUUUGUGAACUCUUUGCUUGGUUGGAAAAGGAGAUUCCAAAAGGUGCGGUAACGGAAAUCUCAGCCGCCGAUAUGGCAGAAGAAUUACGCAGUCAACAGAAAGAUUUCGUCGGCCUCAGUUUCCCCACAAUUUCCAGCGUCGGUCCCAACGGAGCAAUCAUACAUUACAGACCUCUGCCGGAAACCAACAGAACCCUCUCUGUGAACGAAGUUUACCUGAUCGACUCUGGAGCUCAAUAUGUUGAUGGGACCACAGACGUCACGCGCACCGUGCACUUUGGGACGCCAUCAGCUUAUGAGAAGGAAUGCUUCACCUACGUAUUGAAGGGACACAUAGCUGUCAGUGCUGCUGUUUUCCCCAACGGAACUAAAGGCCACCUGUUGGAUUCCUUUGCCCGUGCGGCUCUGUGGGAGUCGGGGCUGGACUACCUUCACGGUACGGGCCACGGCGUGGGCUGCUUCCUCAACGUCCACGAGGGGCCGUGCGGCAUCAGCUACAAGACCUUCGCCGAUGAACCCCUGGAGGCCGGCAUGAUCGUCAGUGACGAACCUGGGUACUAUGAAGAUGGAGCUUUUGGCAUUCGUCUUGAAAACGUGGUCCUUGUCGUACCGGCCAAGACCAAAUACAACUACAGAAACCGAGGUAGCCUGACAUUUGAGCCCCUCACUCUGGUUCCUAUCCAAGUCAAGAUGAUGAGCAUCGAGCUGCUCACUCAGAAGGAGCGUGACUGGGUGAAUGAGUACAACAGGAAGUGCCGUGACGUGAUUGGAGCAGAGAUGGAGAGGCAAGGCAGCAAGGAGGGACUUGAGUGGCUGAUCAGAGAGAGCCAGCCAAUCGUCUGAGGACGUGACUCCCAGGAGCACCUUGUGAUGAAUUGCUCCGCGUGAUACCCGUUGUAUUCUCAUCUUUCUCAGUGUCUCACACUUGGCUUCUUUUGUAAAGCACGUUGUAUCGGCAGUUUUAUUAAAGAUCAUUUUAAGAAAAAUCAAGAAAGAACUUUCAAAUGUUGCUACUUUGUGUCAAAUGAGCUUUUCUUGGAUUACUACUAGUUUAAUGUUCAGGCGUUUAAGAGUAUUCAGAUGAGGAAGAAACUUUCUUAUGAUGUAACAAAUAUAAAGUGAAGAAAGUAAAUCCCAAAAGAGCAUAACAUCAGUAUGUACAGUAUUAAAGACUAUCCCUUAUUGACCCUCUAUUUCACUAGAACCAUAAUCCUGUAUUUACAUUUUACUCCUUCAAAAUAAAAAGGCACCCUGUGUGUUCUGUUCACAGUCA